ACUUAUGACGUAUUUGUUAUUUAGGAGGGUACAAUCUACAAUUUGUCAAGAAUUUCUUAUUAAAUCUGAUAUUUCUUCCGUCAAAGACCACGAGACAAAGCAUAAAGAUGUCGAAUGAUAGAUCAAAGCCGACUCAGCAGCAAGUUGAUAAGGUUGUGGAUAUUAUGAAAUUGAAUGUUGAUAAAAUCUUAGAAAGAGAUGCUAAACUUUCAGACCUUGAUGAUCGAGCUGAUCAACUUCAAGCUGGAGCUGCCCAAUUUGACACAAAUGCCCACAGACUGAAACGUAAGAUGUGGUGGCAAAACUGCAAAAUGUGGGCUAUUCUAAUUGUCGUAGUUCCUGUCAUUAUUGCUGUUAUUGCCAUUUGGGUAGCUACUACACAGUGAUAGUUACUACCAGAAAAUUUGUACACCAUUGCUUUUCAUUUUGGUAUUAGAAAAUAUUACCAUAUAUCAACUGUAAUAAUGAAAUGGAAAUGUUAAGACUACAUUCUGUUGAAUAUUUAUUAUUGUCAAUGUAAUAGUUUGCCAUUAGUAUCAACUUGUAUUAAUUAUGCUCCAUUCUUGUCAACAUCUAGAUAAUAUGGUAGGUUUAAAAUCAUCAAACAUUUCGUGUUUGUAAAUGAUGACAAAUUGUAGGAGGAAAAAGAUCAUUUAUUAUGAAACAAAACUGAAUUAACUUUAGGAUUUUUGCCUAGACUUUAUGUUUGACAUUGGAUUGGCUCUUUAUUAAAUGCAUUUUGUGUAUGAAAACUCCAUUCAAAAAUUCAAAGAAUACUUACGAAAAAUUUUUGCUUACAUGUAUCUUGUGUACGAAUAAACUUAUUUAAUUAUUUCCUUGCAUACUAAUUAAACAUGACAAUAAUCAGAAA